GAUAUAAAUAGCUGGAGCAUGUGUGGGUAUCCUACUCGCUCUACUGUUGUAAAAGCUACCGAAGGCACAGCCAUUUGACUGAAGAGCAACACCUUGUCUUGUUGUCCCUGUCUGGAGUAACAGAUGAACACAAAUACAGAAGAUGACUUUUAUCAAUCGGAGGACGAGUUGGAUGAAGAUGAAGCAACCCAAUAUAUAAUUGAACAAAGUCUGAUUCAAUAUAGAAAGCUCAAAGGAUUGAAUCCAAGUGAUCUGAAACCCAGUGAAGACCCUGAUGAGAUUUUCAAAGCAAUCAAAGAGGGUGAUGAAGACGCACUUAACCGAAUGGCAGUGCAACCAGAGACUCUGUCCCGAGUUGAUGAACGAGGAUGGAUCCCACUGCACGAGGCUGCGGUGCAAGGGAAUAAAAGGAUACUCGAGAUUAUCUUCUCAGCAUCACCCCCAGGUGCAGCCCAGUGUCGUACUCUAAAGGGUGAGACACCGCUGUUUCUGGCUGUGGUUCAUGGACUCAGAGAGAUCGCCACAUUCCUGUUACAGAACGGUUGUAACCCGGAUCUCCAAAACGAUGAGCAAGAUUCUCCAUUAGUGGCAGCUAUUCUCAAUGACCAGUAUGACUUGGCUACACUGUUGCUUCGCUACAAUGCCAAAGUAGACCAAAUAGGACCACUAAACAGGACCGCUCUGCAUGAGUCCGCCUUUUUAGGCCUGGAGAACUUUGUGUAUCUGCUCCUAGAGUCUGGCGCCAACCCAAAUGCAUCUGACAUCAAACAGAAAACCCCUCUUGCUCUAGCUGCACAGAAUGGACAUCUAAAUGUGGUGGAGGUCCUUAUACAGAAAGGCGCCCAUGUGUGGUGUGAAUCAGAGUCAGGCACUAUCCUGUUUGAUGCAGCAGCAUCAGGAAACCCUGACAUAAUCUCCUUGCUGCUGGACCAUGGAGCAGAUCCCAACGUACCUCUUCAUAGUGGACACCUUCCAAUUCACCGUGUGGCCUACCAUGGGCACAUACUGGCACUGGAGCACCUCAUCCCAGUGACUAAGUUGAAUGCUGUCAAGGAAAGCGGGAUGAGUCCGCUACAUUCUGCAGCUGCUGGGGGACAUGCCCAAUGCGUGGAGAUGCUGCUCAAAGCUGGCUACGAUCCAAACUUCAUGCUGCACCCAAGGGUGCGCCGCAACUAUGAUGAUGAGCGAAGAUCUGCCCUCUUUUUUGCCGUUUCCAACAACGAUCUUCAGUGCACCCGCUUGCUGUUAGACGCUGGAGCAAUGGUGAACCAGGAUCCUAUGAACUGUUUGCAGGUGGCUCUUAGACAGGGCAACUAUGAACUGAUUAACACAUUGCUGAAAUCUGGAGCAAAUGUAAAUUACUACUCCCGCGUCAACACUACUCACUUCCCCUCAGCACUGCAGUACGCCUUGAAAGACGAGGUCAUGCUGAGAAUGAUCCUUAACCAUGGAUAUGAUGUUAAGCGUUGCUUUGACUGUCCCUAUGGAGACAGUUCCCAUGACUACCCUCCAUGGACGAACUCAGUGAUCAAAGACAUGGUGUUCUGUGAGGUGAUAACAGUGGCCUGGCUUAAGCACCUAUCAGCUCAGGUGGUGCGCAUCAUGCUCGACUACACCGACCAUGUCUCCUUCUGCACCAAACUUAAGGACACCUUGGAGGAGCAGAAACAGUGGCCAGAGAUCUGUCACAUUCAAAGAAAUGCGCGAAGCCUGAAGCACCUGUGUCGGCUACAGAUAAGGGAGCAUCUCAGUCGCCUCCGCUUGAGAGCUCCAGUUUUCAUCAGCUUCCUUCCUCUUCCUCCCAGACUGAAAGAUUACCUACGCUACAAGGAGUAUGAUGUUUUCAGCCAGGGUAGCAAUGCUUAACUCACAGCGAAAACACAUGUCAUGAAAAUACAGUUUUCAGUAGACUGUAUUCAUUAUCUGUUUGCCUUGAUGUUGUACAUCUGGAAAGUACUUUUCCAAGAAUGUUUUACGUACUUCAUGCAUUGCAACUUUAUUUUUAACUAUAUGUACUCUUUUAAUGAUAGCAUGUUAAUGUUAGAGCAAAUGGGCUCAAAGAACCAUUUAUAAAACACUGCAAAUAAGAUAGUAUUAUUGUUUUAUUUCUUAUUCUUAUGGUAAUUGAAGAACUUAUUUUAAAUGCAUAAAAUACCUAUUUAGUAUAUAUUUAAAACUUUUACAAUUUAAUGUGAAAGCACUCAACCUGGGGUAGCAGUGCAGUGGUUAACACUGUUGCCUCACAGCAAGAAGGUUCCUGGUUCAAACCUCAGCUAGGGCCUUUCUGUGUGGAGUAAGGGCAUAUUCUCUCCGUGUCAGUGUGGGUUCUCUCACAGUCCAAAGACAUGCACGUAAAGGCUAUUUUGAUGCUUCUUUCAAAAUACAUUAAAUAU